UCUACCACUAUUUUUGAAAUAGUCUCCAAACAGUUUUAUUGUGUCUCUUAUCUCGUUUUAGGUUCAAGCCCUGUAUCAGAAUGGGGGUGUGCAAAAAGAAGUCUCCAUGUUUGGGAGAUCUUUAUUACUCACAUGCACCUCAUUACUCUUUUUAUAUAUUUAUACUAGAAAAAGAGGAGUUUUUCAUUAUUAUCUCUAUAUUUCUUUUGAAGGGGGUUUAUUUCACUCUUUGUAUUUCUAAACAAUCUGUCUCUUUAACAAGAUUCGGCCCUGAAAAAUCUCACAGUCACAACAACUGGCGUUGAAAAGGG